AUGGAAGGGACUAUUACGGGGGCUCUGGGGGGGAUUGCGGGUGGUGGGGGUCUUGAGAAUGGCGUGUUUGGAGAGACGGCUGUGGAGGCACGUGAAAGGGGCAAGGGGAGCGUAAGGUGGGGAGACGAGCAGGGCGCUGCAUCGGGAGAGGAGUUCUUCUCAGACAAGGACGUACCAGACGUGUGGUCUGACUUUGAGUCCAAACUCGCUCUCGACGGCCGGAAAGCAGCGCUCCGGAACGUUCUCCCCAGCGACUCCCCUUCCGCCUUGAGCUUUGGUCCGUCGGCCGUUGCUGCGCUUCCCAACGGGCUUCGGGACCUAGACGAGCGGGUGAGGGAGGAGCGGGUUAGAGAGGAGCGAGCGCGGGAGGAGGAGCGAGUGCAGGCGCUGCUAGCUGCGCAGGAGAAAGCUCUGAAGGAGGCGCACGCGAGGGAGAUAGAGGGGGUGAGGGCGAGGGUGGAGAGGGAGGUGCAUGAGAGAGUGAUGGCGGAGGUGGCGGAGGUAGAGGCAAGAGUGGAGCAGGAGGUGCAGGAGAGAGAGCAGCUGGAGGAGCAGCAGCGGGUGAGGGCGGAGGAGCACCAGCGGGAGGUGUGGGAGCUGCAGUGCAGCGCGGAGGAGAUGCGGCAGCAGCAGGAACAGCUCAUGGCGGAACUGCAGGAGCUGAGGCAGCUGAGGUAUGGGGGCGAGGAGGUGGAGAGGCAGCGGCGGGAGGUGGAGCGGGAGCGGGCGGAGGUGGUGCGGCUGCGCAAGGGCAUGGCGGAGAGCGUGUUUCAGAAGCAGCAGUGGGCGCUGGACAUGCAGGAAAUGGAUAAGAUCAAGAAGGAGCUGAACGAGCUGCGGGCACGGGAGAGAGAGCUGCAGAAGCAGCUUCGGAUAGGCUCGGGUUCGUCAUCAGAGAUCACUGCACUCAAGCAGGUGGUGGCGUCACUCAAAGCCCGCGAGGAGGAGGUGAACGCCAAGGAGGCUCUGGCCCUGGCGAAGCACAAGGAGGUGGAGGCACUGCGCAAGGCGCAGGAGAAGGUGGAGGUGGAGCUGGUGGAGGCUCGUCGCAUGAACAACGAGCUGCAGCUGCAGAGGAGGAAGAUGAGCGUGCAGCUGGCCGAGGCGCAGGCGCACAUGGACAGACUCAUAGCGCCAGAGAGCCAGCAGCUGAAGAAGGCGCAGAUGGAAGCCAUGCUGCUGCGGCAGCGAGUGGCCGAUCUUCUCAGACAGGUGGAGGGUUUGCAGAACAGCCGGUUCAGCGAGGUGGAGGAGGUGGUAUAUCUGCGGUGGGUGAACGCGUGUCUGCGCUUUGAGCUGCGCCACAACAAGGCCAUGGCCGGCAAGGACUCGGCGCUCUCCCUCAACAACAACCGCAGCCCGCGCUCGCAGGACCGUGCGAAACACCUCAUGCAGCAGUUUGCCGACGGCUACCCCACAGGGGAACCUUCUGGGAAAUACAACGAUGACGAUUCCGACUCGCUCUCUCUCUACAACGACUCUGCCUCCUUCGCCUCCUCGCCUGACCGUGCCAGUGCUGCCGCCACAGACGAGCCUUUCCAUUCCUCCCCAGAUAGCUAUGGGAGAGGUGCUGGUGGGGGAGGGGGAGCAGCGGGAGGAGGAGGAAGGAAGGUGAGAACGCCUGGACCUGGGAUGGGAGGAAGAGGGGGAGGAUGGGGAGUGGGCGUGGGAGUGGCAUCUGGUGCUGGUGCCAGUGCUGGUGCUGGCGGCUUUGGGGAGGGUGGUGGAGGCGGUGGGGGUGCGGGAGGGGGAGGAGCAGGGGGAGGGAAGGAUGCGCUUGGACGGACCAUGUCACUGCAGGCGAUGUCGCAGCAGGACGCUGCGAGCAAGCUCAAGAAUUUCCUCUCGUGGCGCCGCAACAAGUCUGCAAAAGACCUCGAGGAAACGGCUGCUGCUGGUGCUGCUGCUGGUGGUGGUGGUGGUGGUGGUGGUGAUGGUAGUUCUGGUGCCGAUGCUGUUUCUGAUGCUGCUGCUCGGGCUACAGCCAAAUUCGAAGGGGAGCGAAGGGCACGGCACAGACGAGCAGGUGGGGGAGGAGGAAAGGAAGGAGGAAGCGGAGGGGGAGGAGGAGAGGGUGGAGAAUUUGGAGGGGAGGGAGGUCAGGAUGAGGAGAGGAAGGAGGCGAUUCUUCGAAAGCUCAAGAUGAAGCAGCCUCCUCCAGGCAUGAUGAAUCCCAUGGGCGAUUUCACCGUGGGUGACUCCUUCAAUCUCGUCCGUCGAUCCGUGUCCCGCCCCGACAAGGACAAUCUGCACCGUCGAUUCCCGGGGUUCAAGGAUCGGCACCUCCUGGCACAGGAGCGGCAGAUUUUCAACCUCCAGCAGGCCGAAGCAGCAGCUGCCCUGAAAAAAUCAAAUAUUUCGGCCAACGCGUCCGUUGGGAAAACGCCGAGGGUUGCCGCUCCGGAGAAGCGGCAGCCUCGAGUGCCGUCCGCCCCGCCAAAGCCCCGCAACACCCGCCCAGUUUACUUAGACGAGGAGAUGGAAGUGACCCACGCCGCCGCUCUGCUCAACAAAGGAGAUGGAAGCGGUGCAGUGCCGCUCCCGCCGCCCCUGCCCCAGGGGAAACUGGGCGGGGGGGUGGUUCCACUGCCGCCUGCAAUGCCCCAGGGGAAGCUGGGCGGCAUGGGGGGGAUGGACGAUGAGGGGAUGAGGAGGGCACCUGAGGUGGUGGCGUUUUAUCAGCAGCUGAUGAGGAUGCAGCGGGAGGGGCUGGGAGGUGUUGGGGGAAGGGAAGCGGAGGAGGGUCUGAGCAUGACGGCUGUGCGAGGGGAUAUGAUUGGGGAGAUCGAAGGGCGCUCGUCUCACCUGCUCGCAAUCAAGCAGGACGUGGAGAUGCAGGGCGACUUCAUCAACACGCUGGCAAGGGAGGUGCGCGACGCCUCCUACUUUGACAUCGAGGACGUGGUGGCGUUCGUCAAUUGGCUCGAUGAGGAGCUCGCCUUCCUGGUGGACGAGAGGGCAGUGCUGAAGCACUUUGACUGGCCCGAGGCGAAAGCAGACGCCAUGCGGGAAGCAGCCUUUGAGUUCCAGGAUCUAGUACGCCUGGAGCGCGACCUGCGCAGCUACGUGGAUGACCCAGACGUGCCCACCGACCAGGCUUUAAAGAAGAUGUUCCACGUGCUGGAGAAGGUGGAGCAGAGCAUAUACGCACUGUUGCGCACGAGAGACAUGGCCAUAUCACGCUACGCUGAGUUUGGAGUGCCCACCUACUGGAUCCUCGAUAACGGCCUCGUGGGCAAGAUCCGCCUGGCGUCAGUGCGUCUAGCACGCUGCUACAUCACGCGGGUCACAUCGGAGCUCGACAAGCUGGGCAGCGAGCCAGAGAGCGAGCCCAUCAGAGAGUUCCUGCUGCUGCAGGCCGUGCGAUUCGCCUUCCGCACACACCAGUUUGCAGGAGGGUUUGAUGCAGAAAGCAUGCGGGCGUUCGAUGAGCUUCGAGCUCGAGCCAACCUGGGAGGCAAUACAUCCGAUCUGCUGGCUGAUGCGCUAGCAGUUGCUAGUGAUGCGGGAACUGGUACACCAGUUGAUGAGGGUUUGUGA